CACUUUCUCUUUCAGCUCUACACAGAGCCAGCCUCGCGACAUGGCCAGGCGACUCCUUUUCUUCAUCAUCUGCCCUAUUCUUGAUUUAACAGCUGCCAGAUUCUUACACAACAGCAGUUCAAUACUUACGACACAGCGAAUGCACAUUAAGCCGAAGUGUCAUAGUAGGCAAUAUGAAUUCAAUGGUAUUUGCUGUGACUUUUGUGAGCCUGGUUUUGUUGCCAAAUCUCUAGGUUGCACAGAGAAUCAUAAAACCAACUGCAUACGUUGCACAGAGGGUAAAGAAUAUAUGGAUGAAUAUAACUAUAAAACAGCUUGUCUACGAUGUAAUCUCUGUGAUACAGAACACGGAAUGGAAAUUGAAAAAAACUGUACCAGCAACCAGAAUGUAACAUGUAGGUGUAAGCCUGAUUUCUUUUGCAAUUCAACUAAACCUUGCCGCCACUGUGAUAAAUGUGAUAAGUGUGAAAAUGGCAUCAUUGUAGAAAAGUGCACCCAAAAGCAAAACACAGUAUGCGGAAAUAAAGAGAAUUUACAACGUGGUUGGAUAGUUCUCUCUGCUGUUAUCACAGUAAUUGUGGGACUGAUUUUAUGGAUUUUAUGGUACAAAAGGUGGAAGAUGCCAAAGAAUCCAAUUCACGGGGACCCUAAUCACUAUGAAAUUAAGGAACUCUAUCCAGAUACUGAUUUGAGCCUUUACAUUGCUGACAUUGCAUAUGAGAUGACGUUGAAUGAAGUCAAAAUGCUUGUUCGGAAACUGGGUGUUCAUAGGGUUCAAAUCGAUGGGAUCGACCACGAGAAUUUGCAUGAUGCUUCUGAGCAAAAAAUAAAAUUACUGGAAUGUUGGUACCAAAAGCAUGGGAUAAAAGAUGCUUACAAGACUCUAAUCACCACUCUGAGAGAACUUAAAUUUCAUAUCACUGCUGAUAACAUUAAGCAAAAAAUUGAGGAAGAAUUGAGCCAUUCAGAAGAUUAAAAGAGAUGUCACUGUGUAAUCAAAUUGGACUGGCUAUGUCGACACGGCGUACGUCAGCAUGCAUAACAUCAGUAACAGGACUAGUUGAUACAGCAAUAUUCCCUGUUGAACUUCCUCCCAAAAGCACACUAUGCUACCUCAGGGGUAUUUUGUCAAUUGCAGGAUCACUGUUUUACAAGAAUAAUAGACAUGCAGAUCAUGGAGGACUCCUUCCAAGUGAAGAAUGACAUGCGGUGUGUAGGCAAAUAAAACCACCACAACAAAAUGGUGGUGGUUGACACGUAAUCAGUGUCAGCAUCUGAUUUGCCCUGUUUGGGCUCAGAAGCUAAGUACAGGGAUAGAAGAUCUCCAGGGCUGUAGGCUAACUUAGGAAGUCAAAAACAAAACCAAAAAUCAGCAAAAAGGUAGUGGCAAACUGUUUUUGUAUUGUUGCUAAGCAUAGACUACAUCAUGACUAUCAUGAAGGCACCAGCAGUUGAGCUCAACUUGAAGAAGACUUGCUUACCCCAAUAUACAAUGCUUUCUCUGCAGACGGUAUGAUUUCGGGAAUUAUCCACGUACUUCAUGCAUUUUAAAUAUCUGCUUUUAAAGAAGCAGAUGUUCUUUCGUUUUAGUUUCUGUUGCUGAUAUGUUUAUUUUUGUAUAUGUUUAUUUUUGAUAUGUGUGGUGUAAUUCGAUUUUCAGCAGUGAGAGAAUUCGGUAUUUGCGUGAGAUAUUAAGAAUGAAUGACAGAAUGAAAAAUAAAUAAAUAACCCUCCCCCGGGCAAUGUCCUUUUCAAUACAUAUUAUAACAAAUUAUAAUUACAAGUUAUAAAUCGUCUUAAAAUGAACAGUAUCUAGAGCUCUAUUGAUUACACCAAAGUUUAAUUUCUACAGAUAAACUUAUGCUAAAGUUUUAUACCAUUUGCACCACUAAUCCUGUGUUUUGUACUUCCAAGUUAAAGAAUGUCCCCUUAACUAUGGGGAUAUAUUUACCCCCUUAACUUGCAAAGUCUCAAAUCGGUAACACUGAGCAGAACAGGAACAAUACAGUCCUUUUGUCACACCCCUGUCCAAGACAUGGGAUUUAGGUCAGCUGUUGGACUGGCCUAAAUAUAUUAUCUUCCGCUGCAUACAAAAAGAAAAAAGAAAAUCUUUAAUUUAAGAAGCAGGAUAGGAACUGGGUGGAGAACUACAGAGGUACCAUUUAAUCACUAUUUUCAUGUCUGUUCUUCAUCCACCCACACUAUUUCCUCAGUGAAAACUACAUUCAAAAAGCUAUUUGCUCUAUUAAGAAAAUUAUAUAUGCAGAUGUUCCCCCUCCCAACAUAACAGAGUGCUUCAAGAGUAAAAUACCAAUUGCAGAUACCCAAGCUGAGCUGAACUGGGACUAUGAAAGAGAAGUUUAUUUUAACCCUUUCCUUCUCCAGUAGUAGUUGAUAUUUCACUCCAGUUUUAUGGAAUUGGAAUUGGGAGUUUCCUGCUUGGAAAAACACACUAAAAGGCUGUAACCAUAUAGGCUUUCCUCUUGAUGUUAGAAACAAGGCUUUCUAUGUGGGGAGUAGGAAUAUCAAUUUUGGGACUAAAGUGAGGGUACUUCUAGUUUCACCCCUACUCUGCCCUCAGUUUGAUUCAGGGAUUCGGUUCAGACCUCUGGAUUAAAUAGGAGUGAUUUCCAAUCAGUGUCAGAAAUUUGAAUCAAACCACAAUCUACAUCAAGUCAAUCAUGUAAACUGGAUUUUGUCUGAUUAUAUGACCUUAUUCUCAACAAGAACAACAAAAGCAGGACAUUGCUCCAACUUGCUUCAAGGAUUUGCUGCUGAAUGUUAGCAAUGAAAACUCGAGGGGUUCCAACCGGCAAAAAAAGGGAUGGGAGCUGGAAGCCACACUCAUCCCCAAGCUGUAGGCUGCUCACCUCAAUCUUAUGUGCUUCCUUUGGUUUCACCAUGCCUUGUGGAUCCCACGGACUUGCACCUCUCACUGGAUGUCAGUCCUUUGAGGUAGUCCGGACUAGAAACCAAAAACAUGAGGACUGACGCUACCUUUAUUGUAAGGUUACAGUAACAGAAUCUGGCAAGUCUGAAAGUAUUUUCCCCUUCUCUUGCCUUUACUUUUCAGGGAAUUAGGGAAGGUCCCUUCUGAGAAGCUUUCCACAACCCUUAUUCUUCCGGUGGCCUGAAAUGUCUCCUAUCUGACUGUUGCCCUGGGUGUGGUUCUUCCUCUUCCUGUCUCUCAAGGAUAUUCCCACAGACCAUUACACAGAACAAAAGGUUCCCAUCCCUUUCUUGGUGGUUGCGAUGAUGCAUUAUAAAUGGGCACUGAAUGAGCCUCUCAUAAAACAGAGUGCUAGCACGCUGUAUCCUUCUUACGUUUUAGGUUAAUAUAUCUGUUAGACAAUUACAAAAUAAAAAUACCUUUCUUUACUCUCCAUUUCCUUUCAUAAAAGUUGAACUCAGCUUGUAUUUCCCUUACGCAGUGAACUACAGGUCUUUGGAUCAUGAUAGUAGCAUGACUUGACCUAAAGUAGAUUCAAAGCUUUGUGCUGUAAUCUUGACAUGGAAUUUCCCCAGUAAUUAA